AUGUCUACCACCACCACCCCCAACGCCCCCACCGGCCCCAUCACCACCCCACUAACCACCCUCCUCGGCAUCCGCCACCCGAUCCUCCUCGCCGGCAUGGCGCGGACCUCCAACGGGCGUCUCGCCGCGGCGGUCUCCAACGCGGGCGGCCUGGGGGUGAUCGGCGGGUUCAUGUACACGCCGCCGCAGCUGCGGGAGAUCGUGGCCGAGCUCAAGGCGCACCUGGCGUCGCCCGACCUGCCGUUCGGGAUCGACCUGGCGCUGCCGCAGGUCGGCGGCGGGGCGCGCAAGACCAACCAUGAUUAUACGGGGGGGCGCCUGGAGGAGCUGAUUGACAUUACGGUGGAGAGCGGGGCCAGGUUGUUUGUCAGUGCGGUGGGUGUGCCGCCGGUGAAGGUGAUUGAGAGGUUGCAUGCGGCGGGGAUUUUGGUCAUGAAUAUGGUGGGGCAUCCGAAGCAUGCGGUGAAGGCGCUCGAGUUGGGGGUCGAUAUGGUGUGCGCGCAGGGCGGGGAGGGUGGUGGGCAUACGGGGGAUGUGGCGAAUAGUGUGUUGAUUCCGGCCGUGGUGGAUGUCGCGAGGCAGUAUAGGCCGAAGAUGCUGGGUGGGGAGCAGACGGCGCUGGUGGUUGCGGCGGGCGGGAUUUCGAACGGGCGGGGACUGGCGAGUUCGUUGAUGCAGGGUGCGGCGGGUGUGAGGGUGGGUACGAGAUUCGUGGCGAGUGUCGAGGCUGGCCAAGUGGUCGGAGCCAUUCAGAAGACCAGCCGGGCUGGAGAGAUUGUGGACGAGAUGGUGGCUGAAGCCGUCGACAUGCUCAAGCUGGCCAACUUCAUACUUGAGCGGGGGCAAGGGGAGCAAGUUCCCGGAAUCGCACUCGCAGGCCUAAUGGUGGUCUCCCAUCCAAGAGCGCCAUGUCUACAUGCAAACGCCAACGUCGCCUCCAGCUUGGUGAAACCGUUGAGACCUGACGGCCCGGAACAUUCCCUGGCAUUCGAGGCUGUAUCUCGAGCGAUGGGCGAGGUCAACACGCCUUCUAUUGUCUGGGAGACGGAUGCGUAUGGUGUCUCGUCUCAUUGCGAUCCCACACCCCAGGAAUAG